GUGAGUUUGUAGAAUAUAAUUUUCAUUGAUGAAAGAAGUGGUUUUCUUCUAGUUCUCCAUAAUUUUUGCCAUUCAUAAUAUUUAUAUGCACGUUAUUUUUGGAAUAUUAAUAAAAACGCUUAUCCUGCCAUGUCCAUGAAGAAAGAGUCCCCUUGGGAUGUCGAGUUGCAUCUUGCAGCGGCAAAAGGCGACGCUAAACGUCUUCAAGUACUUUUGGAAUCUGGAAGAGUUCACGUAGACUGCAAAGACAAGGAUGGUACAACCCCUUUGAUUUUGGCAGCCGCUGGUGGACAUGCUGAUGCAGUUGCUGAAUUGUUGCAACAGGGUGCAGAUCCUGCAGCAAAAAGACUGACCGGUACCACAGCGUUAUUUUUCGCUUCCCAAGGAGGAUACGUUGAUGUGGUAAAUUUGUUGCUGGAUAACGGAGCUGUAGUUGAUUCCUGUAGUGUGGACGGUGGAACGCCUUUGUUCGUCGCCUGCCAAUGUGGUCACUUGGAUGUGGUAGAAGGACUUUUAGAUAGAGGAGCGAACGUGAACGCGCAUAUGAAGGACGGAGCGACCGCUCUUUUCAUAGCGGCGCAAAAUGGUCACGUACGUAUUUUAGAAAUACUACUAGAACGAGGGGCAAAAACCGAUGCAAUCAGAACCGACGGAGCUACUCCACUUUGGAUAGCAGCUCAAAUGGGACACGACCACGUCGUAAGAAGGCUACUCAAAGCUGGGGCGAGAGUUGAUUCCACCAGACACGAUGGGGCCACCCCCUUGUUCAAAGCGGCUCACAAAGGUCAUUCUGCGGUUAUAGGAGAACUUUUGAAAUACCGUCCAUCACUGGGCAUACUGCCGAACGGAGAAAGCGCUCUUCAUGCUGCGGCUUUGUCAGGCCACAUGGCAGUGGCUAGACAACUUGUAGGCGCAGGAGCUGACCCUCUACUUUUAAAUCAAGAAAGUGUUACCCCUUUGCAACUGGCCAUCAGGCAUUCACAGACUCAGGUGAUAGAUUAUCUUACCGAUAAAGUGAGAUCACGAACUGCAUCUCGCUGAAGUUGGAACCUUCAACAUUCCAAACAACAUAGGAUCCUUCUAAUGAUGUUCUUUAAAAUUGAAAAAAACUUUAAUCACUCUAUUGGGUAAACAACGAAAAAUUUUGGCGUAUGUUAUAGAUGAUUAGCUAAUAUAUUGUUUUUCUGAGUUUUUAUGCCAUAUCGAAGAUAUUGGGAAUAAUUGUAAAAAUUGUGCAAUACUGGUAUAUGAGUCUGGUGUACGUUGGACGAAUGAUUAAUUUCCGUUACAAGUUUAUAAUACAAUAUAAAAUUCGUUAAAAAAUGGAUCUGAUCUGUGACGAUCUAACCACUACGAAAAUUAGAUUUAAUUUGAACCGAAUGAAAAAGAAAUGAAAGUAGAGCGUAGAUGCCUUCAUCGAGCAUUAUACGAAAAAUCUUCUUGUAUCAAUGUAGCCUUUCAUUGAUUAGACGAUACGAACAAUUGUUGAUUGAUUAAAAAUCUCAUAAGACUGACCGAUCUGCCUUGUAAUGCACUGUAGAUUGUUAAAUAAUGGAAUACCAAUUUCGUUAUCCACUAGAAUAGAUGGUACAAAAUAUAAUAUUGAUAAAAAUAAACAGACGUAGUAAGAUAUCUAAAAGAAAUACUAUCAGACUAACAAACCUAAUUUUAGGAAAACAUUUCGAAGAAAUGAAUUGUAAGGAAGAAUGUAUUAUGGAAAUUUUGCGUAUCUAAUCAUCCGCCGACCUAACAAUAUCUCUUUCACCCUAUUUGAUUCUACGGGGAUCGUUUCGCUUCAAAAUAAAUGAACUAUUGUAGGUAACCCACGCAGAAUAUAGGUAUACGUUUACCUACUAUGCAAGUUAUUAACGCCAGCGUUAUUAUUAUUAUUAUCAAUAUUAUUUGGUAUGAAAUGUUGUAACUUUUCAAGUAUUUUAUCAGUCUUCCUAUUAUUGUUGUUACUGUUAUAAUUAUUUGUCGAAGUAAUAAUGAAUCUGUACUGUUAUUGUUAAAAAGAUAUAUAUUAAAGUAAAUAAAUCACCAUCAAACCGUC